AUGCGCAAUCCAGCUAAACUCUUCAAGUUAUGGAUCGGUUUCGUUCCGUUGAUAUGCACCAGCGAACCGGAAAUGGUGCAAAGAUUGCUCACUCAUCCACAAUGCUUGGAAAAACCAUAUCUUUACGAUCUGUUCAAGAUGAAGUUUGGAUUAUUUGCAGCACACUAUAAUAUUUGGAAGGGACAGCGUAAAGCACUCAAUCCAUCGUUCAACCAAAAAAUCCUAAACGAAUUUGUGCCAAUUUUCGAUAAGUGUGCUCAGAAUUUAGUAAAAAACCUUUUGCAAAAUCCGGAAGGCGAUCCAGUGCAAGUGACACAUUACAUGAAACUUUGUACGUUGGAAAUGGUAUGUGCCACCACCAUUGGGUCUGACAUCAAUAAAGAUCCAAACACCUUUAAGCUUGCCCACUUGAUAACCACUAUUCUGGAAUACGUAUCAAGGAGAUUUCUGAACAUUUUUCUACACGCGGAAUUUAUCUAUCGUUUGAAGACGGACUAUAAAGAAGAGGAAUCAAUGAGGGAAGAAGCGUAUAAAUAUGCAGAUGAGAUAUUUCAAGAUACCUUGAAGCGCAGAGCGAAACAGUCAGAAAUCGUUGUGAGUUCAAACCGUGAUGAUUAUCGAAAGCCGCAAAUUUUUAUUGACCAGAUGUUGAACCUGCAUGACGAAAAGGUUCUCAGCGACAUUGAGGUCAUCCAAAAUGUCUACACAAUGAUCGCUGCAGGCAGUGACACCUCCGGCAUUGAAAUGGGAAUUAUUGCGCAGCUGCUCGCUAUGUAUCCACAUCUUCAAGAGAAAGUAUACCAAGAAAUUAGAGAAGUCUUUCCCGCUGGAGCUGAAUUGCACUUCACGACCGAAAAUUUGCGACAAUUACGGUACAUGGAAAUGUUCAUCAAAGAAAGUCUUCGACUUUUUCCGGUUGGACCGAACAUUGGGCGCAAAACAAUGGGCGACAUAGAGCUGGACGGAAUGGUAGUGCCAAGUGGUACACUUCUAGCAAUCAGCAUUUAUAACCUGCACCGACGAAAGGAUGUCUGGGGUCCUAAAGCGGAAGAAUUUAAUCCGGAAAACUUUGCACCGGAAAGGAGUGAAGGACGCCACCCAUUCGCGUAUCUACCGUUCAGUGGCGGAAAUCGUAACUGCAUUGGUAAUCGUUACGCCAUGAUUAGCAUAAAGAUAAUGAUGGUACAUUUACUGAAAAAUUUUCAAUUUGAAACGGUGGAACCAGUAUUGCCCUUCUUCGGAAAUGGCUUGGACUUUUUUCAAAAAAAUGCUGUUGAGAUAUGGGAGAGUUUGUCGCGUCCAUUUUUCGAUGAUAAGCGAAUUUUCAAGCUAAACUUUGGACCGAUUGUGAUUCUGUGCAUAAACCAUCCGGAUCUGUUCCAGAAGGUGAUAAUGGAAUCGGCUAGUAUGGAAAAACCAUACGUGUACAACUUCCUGCGGGUGGAACGUGGUUUGCUACUGGGACAAUUUACCAAAUAA